AUGGGCCAUGACUUUGGGAACCUAAGGCGGAUGCUGCAUGUGAUUACCUACGUCUUGCUGCCCUUCCAACAGCGCGCCUUCCUGAACUACUUCAGCAAGGGCAUCCCCAACAUGCUGUGCCACACCCAUACAUCUGUCCUGCGCGUGGUGCCCCUGUUUUACCUUGUCUAUACCUGGGGGACCAGAGUUUUUGAGAAGUCCAAGAGGAAGAAUCCAGCCACCUAUGAAAAUGACAACUCACUUGGAUGGUUUCCUAUCUCUGAAAGACCCUUCUCUGGGAGAGGAGUUUAUCCAGUGUCUUGA